AUGUCUUUCUUUUUGAUGUCUGUCAACCUACUUCUACAUCUUCAUGGUGCAGUGUCCACAGAAGAGUUACGGGCCCACCCCUUCACUGAUGUGACCCUCUCCUGCCAUUUCUCCUUUGUGGAAGGCACAGAAAAUCUUGAGUUUUCUUGGGAAAGAGAAGAUAUCACAGAGGAAUAUGAGGUAGAGACUGAUGAGGAAUAUUACCGCUUUUUCAGAUACUAUGAUUUCUUUGGAAUUUACUCCAAAUUGGUUUACCAGUUUCACAAUAACAGAGAGCAACUAGAAGAGCAAAACUCCUUGUAUGAGGGAAGAGUCUCUGUAGAUUGGGCUGAAAUUUCUGAGGGGUCUCUGUCACUUCUUCUAAGAAACGUGGAUUUCAUGGAUGAAGCUAUCUACAAGUGCUCAGCCAUCACACCAGAUGGAAGAGGCGAAAGUACAAUUAAGCUAAUAGUAGAAGACUCUGAAAUGCCCCAGGUGCAGUUUGACAAGAUUGAUGAUGAGGAUGUAGUCACAUGCGUCUCUAAGGGCUGGUACCUCACACCCAAUGUGACUUGGUUGGACAGAGCAGAGAGGGACCUGAGCAACCAUAGUACUGUGGAGGUCCUGGAGGAGCAGAUGAAUGGCUUCCACAGGGUGUUCUCUGUCUUGAGAUACCCAGUCAAGUUAAACGAUAAAUAUGUCUGCCAAAUAACAGAGACGGAUGUGAAUAAUCAGCCCUUUAGAGUUAUCCACAAGUACCCAAGUAAGUGCAAAUUCAAGAAGAGUGAAAGCUGGGUGCAUUUCACCAUAAAGAAGUCAUAA